AUGGACGCCCGGUCCGCCUCCGAGUACGCACAGUCAGGUUCGCACCACCCGUCCAUCACCGGCGCACCUUCUGAACCUCAAUCCGCAGACCAAACUUCUGCUGCUGCCCCUGCUCACUACGCCCCACCCGACGUCAAGUACACGCAGCCUGAGGGUCGACCCGCCAACAUUUCGUCCUCCAACACCCCCCAGCCAGAGUACGGGUUGAACCCUCCGCCCACUCGCUCGCCCGCCUACCAGGACUAUCUCCCGCGCCCUCAACCCUACGCCCCCAACUCUCAGCCCGGCGCGCCGGCCGGUAUGGCUCAAACAACAAGUCAGUCCACGCCCGUGCCCGAGGUUCCUUCCUUUCGUCCUGACCCCGUCCUAGAUCCUUCUCUUCCGGCCAACAGCCCCACCUACCCUCCUCCCUACUCCCCCUACCAACCUCAGGGACACGAAAUGGCUCAGUAUCAGGGUCACCCGCCCCCGCCUCAUCAGAUGUAUUCGCGCCCGGACUGGCCGCAUAGCUAUGGACAGCAACACCACAUGCCUGGCCCCUAUGCCUCGCCCGCUACAACGGUUGGUUCUGCCUCCCCUGCCGCGACCGCAGGGCCGCGCCCCGGUCAGGUCUACUCCUUUGUCCCUAUUCCCGGUGCUCAACAACACAAGCGCCCUCGUCGCCGCUAUGAAGAAAUCGAGCGCAUGUACAAGUGUGGAUGGCACGGUUGUGAGAAGGCGUAUGGUACUCUCAACCACUUGAACGCGCAUGUGACAAUGCAGUCGCACGGCUCGAAGCGCACUCCGGAAGGUGAGUUUGCAUUGUCUUUUGCACUUGAUCGCGAUCUUCAGUUAUUGUCUUUGGUCUGUCGCAAAUGGCUGGAUUGGGUUAGCGCCGGCAGCUUCGCGCUAGUGAGUUACACUAGAUUUCGCGGGGCUGCAGUAGUGCCUCACCGGCAAUUCAAGGAGAUCCGCAAGGAAUGGAAGGCCCGAAAGAAGGAAGAAGAGGCUCAGCGCAAGGCUGCUGAAGAGCGUGAGCGUGCUGCUGCCCAGGCGGUGCAGACCAACCAGGUCGACGCUCCCGGUCCCUCCGAUCCCUCCCAGGGUCAGCCUUCUGCCUACGCCGGCGGUGUUCGCCCUCAACUCCCUCCUAUCGGCUACCAGGCUGCUGAUGGACAGGUGCCUGGCCAAUAUGGCCCCCCCGGGCGGCGGCAUGGUCUACCAAAGCAAUGGACAGAUGGGCUAUCCUCCCAACUACCCUCACUCUCCCUACCAGAGCGGUCCCGUGUAUCAACAACGUGA